AUGUCGCUCCUACUUCCCGCCGUCCAGCAGGCCCGGGAAGCAGCACGGCGGAUGCAAUGCACCAACAACCUGAAGCAAAUCGGGUUGGCCAUGCAUAAUCAUCUGGACAUUUACGAUUCGUUUCCAGGCAACUCACCUUCAGGGAAAUACAACACUUCUCUGUACCGAAUCCUGCAUAGCCUCGAUCCAGCACUUGCCCAACAUUUGCCUGCCGAAGAGGCAUGGUGGGGAGACUUUUCCGCUGCCCAUAUGGAAAUCGCCAAAACGACUGUUCCGACGUUUCUGUGCCCUUCGGAUCCAGUGCAAAGUACGCACGGGUGGUUUGGUACCUAUGGAGAUGUGAACUACGUGGGAAAUUUUGGCUGGCCGCGAAAUGCCACUGGAGUGAACGGUGAGCGUGCUAUGUCAGCCAAUGAAUGGCCCAAGCCGAACGGAAUGCUGGGAAUUGACUACAACUUCAACUCAUCCAAUAGUGCCGCAGCAAAGGGCGACCCUACCAUUAAACUCAAGCCACGCGACGUAACUGAUGGCCUGAGUAAUACGGCUGCUUACAGCGAAUUUUUGAAGAAUGACGGAACGCUCUACUUGGACGCAAGCGUGCCCGAUACUCGGGUUAUCUAUGGUGGACCAUCGAAUAUCGGGCCUGAAACGCUGCCCGCACUUAGGGAUAUUUGCUUAGGACUUCCCAUCGAGGAACGGCAUUCACUGUCAACCAAAAUCGGUGCACGAUGGCUCGAUGCGCACUAUGGAUCAGUGAUGUCCUACAACCACUUGAUGACACCGAAUACUCGCGCCUGUUAUUUCGACAUCGGCGGCGGUGGAGGUUGGGCAGAUAAGCUACACGAAUGGGACGGCGACAGUGGAGCAUCCGCAAGCAGCGCUCACCCAGGAGGUGUCAACGUUCUACUGGGGGAUGGUUCGGUACGAUUUGUCGCCGAAACGCUCGACACGAUCACCUGGUGGGCACUUGGCUCGCGGAAUGACGGAAUGGUCUUAG